ACCACUCUUUAUGGGUUUUAUAUGAAGCCCAUUUUAAUUUCAUUAACCCGUGGAUGUAAAACCGUCUAGGGGAGGUUUGAGCAAAACGUCAAUAUUACUACGGCAGAUGACAUAUGUGAGACUCUUUCCAGUGGUCCUAUAAAGAAACAAGAAGAUCCCAAAAGAGAGAAACAAAAUUAUAAAAAUGUUGAUCCAUGAAAUUAUAUUCAUGAUCACAACAACUAUACAAAUAUUGACAUGUUAUGCAAAUGCCAUCAACAACGCAUCAAUGUUCUCGGCGAUUCUUGUUUUCGGAGACUCUACAAUCGACACCGGAAACAACAACUACAUUAACACAAUCAUCCGAGCUAACUUUCCUCCUUACGGCUGCAACUUCCCCGGCCAUCACGCGACCGGAAGAUUCUCAAACGGUAGACUCAUCCCUGACUUCAUCGCAUCACUUAUGGGAAUCAAAGACACCGUUCCUCCUUUCCUCGACCCGCAUUUGUCGGAUUCCGACAUUCUCACCGGAGUUUGCUUUGCCUCGGCCGGUUCAGGUUACGACAACUACACAGAUCUCGCUACUUUAAGUCUAUCCGUAGACAAACAGGCAGACAUGUUCAGAAGUUACAUGGCAAGGUUGAGCAGGAUCGUUGGGGACGAGAAAGCGGCUAAGAUAGUCAGUGAGGCUCUGGUGAUUGUAAGCUCGGGAACUAACGAUUUUGAUAUAAAUCUAUACGACACUCCUUCUCCUCGUAUUAAGCUCGGUGUUGAAGGAUAUCAAGAUUUCAUUCUGUCGGGUGUACACAACUUCGUUCAAGAACUAUAUGACAUUGGCUGCCGGAAAAUAAUGGUACUGGGACUACCACCGAUUGGAUGUUUACCGGUACAGAUGACGUUUGCUAGGCAAAAACAGAACGAGAGACGAUGCAUCGACAAACAAAACUCAGAUUCACAAGAGUAUAACCAGAAGCUAAAGAAGUCCCUGACGGAUAUUCAAUCCAAUCUCACUGGUGGUGUCAUCUUCUACGCCGAUAUCUACGGAACAAUAUUGGACAUGGCUACUAAUCCCCAAAGUUACGGGACAGGAAUAAAGGAGACAACGAGAGGAUGCUGCGGAACAGGAGAGCUGGAGCUAUCAUACUUGUGCAAUCCUUUAACUCGGACUUGUCCCGACGCUAACGACUACCUUUUCUGGGACGACAUUCAUCCUACCCAACUUGCUUACCUCGUCGUCAGUCUCAGUCUUGUUGAUCAAAUCCUUCACGUACUCCAAUAACCUAAAAUUUUCAUUUGAUGUAUAAUCUGUAUACAUG